UUGCAACUCAGGAGUUUUAGAUUGAAAUUCCAGAAUGAGGGUAAGGUCGGUGAUCAAUUCGGUCGUCAAAUUGAGUCAGUAGCUGCUUACGUGCCUUACAUGACCGUAGUUGGGAAUCAUGAGCAAGCAUACAAUUUCUCACAUUUUAUCAAUCGAUACACAAUGCCCAACAGUGAUCAUAACCUCUUUUACAGCUUCGACUUGGGCGUUGCACACUUCAUCGCAUUUUCAACCGAAUUUUAUUACUAUUUGAAAUAUGGUUCGCAUCAAAUAGCAAGGCAGUGGGAAUGGCUCAAUAAUGAUCUUAAGGUUGCUGACCAAGAUCGUGAAAAGCGUCCAUGGAUCAUAACAUUGGGUCAUCGACCAAUGUAUUGCUCGAAUUUUCAAGGCGAUUGUGCGAGAUACGAAUCGAGAGUGGGUGAAGUUUACAACGGUACUCGCUCACCGUACGUAGAUCCACCGGCUCCAGUACAUGUUGUCACAGGAUCGGCGGUAAGAAUUCAGUUGAUUCCACCGCUCGGUAAUAGGAUCAGAGAGAGUUAA